AUGCCCGUCUGCCUGGACUCAUACAGGCAUUCACAGCUGCCGCCUCCUCAGCUUUUGAGGCUUUCAGGCACUUUAAAAAAUUUAAAGCAAAGUAAUACCAGCUUUUCCUCAACCUUCUUCCUAGCAGACUUUACCAAAGAAGCGAGACACUUCCACAAUGUGCGUUUUUAUUCAUCUUCCAAUAGGGAUGCUUUCAAAGCCGAAGCUCCAGUUGGGAUUUUUGAUGAGGCUCUUAGCAGUUUUCAUUUGAGUUCACUGGGAGGGCGUCUCGGCCAGUCAUUUUAUCGACUGUCCAGACACAUUAACAUUUACUUCAAGAAGAAGGACGUUGUUGCAGUCAUGGAAAAUGGCAGUUUUAUUGUCCCGGCCCCAGAGUAUCUAGGUCGUCCACUGAGGCGUAGGCAUAGUCAGCAGUCAGCCACAGAGCAAAAUGUGUCUGAGAGCAAGAGCAUGACACAGCCCAUGAAAAGGAAAGGAAAACAGGAAAAGUCAGGUUUAAGUCCUUCUACCCAGGAAACAUCAGGACUUCAACUUUUUCACAUCAGCUCUUUGACUACAAGAUUUGGUGAGAGCUACAGUUAUGUUGCUAAUCACAUCAACUUGGUGUUCUCUCAGGGUUACACAAAAGUUCAAAAGCCAGAAAAUACUGAAACCCUGUCUUCCUCCAGAGGAUCAAACAGGAAGCAGAAGCGGAGAAAGGUGCAGAGCACUGCUGAACCGUCUGAAGUUGGACUGAAUGCUGAACAUACAGCAGCCAAACCUGACAAUACCUCCAACAGCUGGGAAGGAGGAUACCUUCAUUUUGCAAGACAUGUCAAUAAAUACUUUGGUGCCAAAGUUACAGAUGGAGCUCAGAAUAAGAGUGAAAUACUUCAUGUAGAGAAGAACACUUAUAAGAAAAACUGCUCAACACAACCUACUUCACAAACGAACAGAACCACAUCUCAGGUAAAGCAAGAAGAACCGAUCAACCCUGAAACUGGAGGCCUUUUCCACAGCAGCCCAAAUACAGCUAACUUUGAGGAGAGCUACUUCCAGACAUCCAGUCACAUCAAUCAGUAUUUCAAGAAAGUUGGCAUUGAUAGAGAUGUUCCGACAAAGCUGGACCCAAGAUCCCCUAAGACUCCUGAGAAACUGAAGACGCCAUCUUUGAUGGACUGCUUUCGCAAUCCCACAAGUGCCAUUCCAGAUCUGCUGGGGGGGUUUCUGAAUCUAGGCCCCAUAUCCCAGACCACAAAACCCAUAACUGUGGCACCACAAGGGAUAUUAAGUAAAAAGCUUGUCUUGAGUCACAGGCAGGCAGAAGAGACAACUCGUGGGUUGAUUAACAGUCUGGGACUGGCACCUUCUCGAGAAGCUCUGACUGCCUGCAUAGAGGCAUUGAAUGAACACAUUAUAGGCUACCCAUCAUGCAAAGCUUUAAUAUGGCAGGAGAAAGCUGCAGUCACAUUGUUGAGACAGCGACGUGCCUACAGACACGACCAGAGACUUCAUGCUGCCUUGAGGGAAGCCAUGGCUCUGAUUGGAUUCAUAGAUCCUGUCAAAGGUCGAGGCAUCAGAGUGCUCUCAGUUGAUGGUGGUGGCACAAGAGGUGUGGUGCCUCUGCAGGUCUUAAAGCUGCUGGAAGAGGAAACUGGUAGAAAGAUUCAUGAGCUGUUUGAUUACAUAUGUGGAGUGAGCACAGGAGCUGUUCUAGCCUUCAUGCUGGGUCUGGCUCGUUUUUCUUUGGAGGAGUGUGCCGACAUGUAUCGACGAUUUGGCUCUGAAGUCUUCCGGCAGAAUCCUCUGGUUGGCACUGUGAAGAUGGGCUGGAGUCACUCUUAUUAUAACACUGAAACCUGGGAGAGAAUAUUACAAGAGAAGAUGGGUAAUAGAGUACUUAUUAAAACAGCCAGAGAUGAGAUAAGUCCUAAGGUGUCAGCUGUCAGUGCAGUGGUUAAUUGGGGUACCAGUCCUAAGGCCUUUGUCUUCCGUAACUACAACCAUAAACCAGGCUCUCUCAGCCGCUAUGCCGGGGGCUCAGGGUACCAGAUGUGGCAGGCAGUGCGGGCAUCAUCAGCUGCCCCUGGAUACUUCCAGGAGUUCCCCUUACAAGGUGACAUUCAUCAGGAUGGAGGACUUAUUCUGAACAACCCCUGUGCCUUAGCUGUCCAUGAGAGCCGUUUGUUGUGGCCCAACCAGCCUUUCCAAUGUGUGCUGUCCCUUGGCACAGGUCGCUAUGACAACGUUAAAAGAGGACCUGCCACCUCCACAAGCCUGAGAGCCAAAAUCAGCAAUCUGAUAUGCAGUGCUACCGACACUGAAGGGGUCCAUACCCUGUUGGAUGACCUGCUGGCUCCAGAUGUCUACUUCCGCUUCAACACCAUGCUGAGUGCUGAGGUGUCCCUGGAUGAGAACCGCCCGCGAGCCCUGGACCAGCUGCAGAGAGACACCCAGAAUUACCUGGAGAGAAACCGUCUCAAACUGGCCAGGCUCUGUUUGGUGCUCGGUGCAGAGCGCUCUUCUGUUGGCAGAGCUAAGGACUGGAUGAGUGAAAGGGCCUGGGAGAUAAAGCAGAGAUUGAUGUGAGUUGGUGAGGAGCAGUAUGUUUACACAUGGAUUUUCUAACAUGUGCAUAGAUGCACUUUUCAGACAGAAUCAGGUGUACUUUAUUGAUCCCAUACUGGGAAAAUGUUGAAUUUCACACAUGUACUGUGACAAAAAAGGCAACUAUUUCAAUACAAAAUAAAUGCUGUUAAAAUUCUGGAAAGUAGCAACCAACAACAUUUUAAACCAUUUUAAGGCCACUUUUAAAGAAGGAAAACCUCUGAUAGAAAAUAAAGACAUUAUGUAAGAUGAUGAUUUUUUGGGAUUUUUAUCUACUUCCUUUUAUGUGUUGUACUUUGCCUUUGUAGACACACAAGAACAAGAUGCACAUUAAUGAAAUAAGCACUUUGAUGCACUUUAUUCUAAAAGCUUUAUUUAUUAUUAAUCUGUUGCAUAAUAUGUUAUCCACCAUAACUGCUAUUUUUAAAAUGUAUCAAGACUGAAUUGCAAUAUAA